GGCAGCCUUCCCCACGAAACCGCUUCUUCCCACCGUAACCCCAGGCUCUUGAAGCAAUUCACACAGCAGUUUCUCACCACCCAUCCUCUUGAGUCGCGCGGAGCACGAUGUAUACUGCGCAGAGUCUCGCGGUGUCGACAUUCUCGCUCUGGGUCCCAUACGCCCUGUUGGUGCCUGCGCUGCAACACCUACCCCGCCCCUUCUUCCAGCGCCGCAAUCGGUGGAUACUGCCCCGGAUUCGAUUCUCCCUGCGUGUCGUGCCAGUACUCACCUUGCUGCUUGCAAUUUUCUCCUCGAGCCUUCCGACACCCCGCAGAUACGAUGCCCUCAACUGCGGACUCAGCGAAGAUGCUCGGGAAAGCCUAAUGAACCCGGAUAUAGGAGGGAUAGGAGUGGUUCUCGGCCUGUUCAUCAAUUGCUUUGCUAUCGCGCUUGUCUUGGUUCUCGGCCACGUCAAGAGCGAGACAUCCGGCGUGAAAGAGCUAUGCAUCGCGCAGGUGUACAAUCUUGCCUGCCUUGCUUGCAAUGUUGCCAAGUCCUAUCGAGAGAGCCUCAAAUUCCAAGAGAUCCUUGUAGCCUGUAUAUGCAUGGACGCAGUCAGUGCCUCUAUCUCCAUGGCGUUUUCAGACAAGGAAGUCCUCGCAUCAAGGUGGCUGGUGUUGUGGAGCGGCUUCAUUCAGCUCUUCGCGUUCAUUGUCCAAGCGCUAGCAUUGGCGAACCUGUCCGCAGCCACGAUAGCGGACCAUCACGAUGGACCCUGCAGUGUGGCCCUUCCCUGGAUCGAAGCUUUCCACUCACAACAACACGCUCCCUCCAGGCUCUGGUUGUACGUUAGCUUUCGGCUAGUGUUAUGGCUGGCUCAACUGUGGAUGGGCAUUUCUCAGACGAGGAUCUUCAAUGAGGUGGAACACAACAGGUACGAAGAGAGCAGAAGAGUGUAUGGGCCUCGAUGGGAACGAAUUCCGGCAACCGUCACUACGAGCUAUCUUCUCUUCUGCAGUACUAUGAUUCUUCAUUCCCGCUACCUCGGGAUCAUUCGGGACGAGCUUGGCCUCGUUGCUAGUCAGGGUCGCGUCCUCAUUAGCGAAUGGGGACAGAGUGCCCCAUUCAUCGUCUGCAUAGCGGCACUCUCGCACGUUAUUUUCGUCCACUGGCGUCUUUUUCAACAAAAGGCAUGGAAGAAUCGAGAGUUCGUCCGCAAAGCAUGCGAGGACCCUUCCAAAAAGGUAUUCAACAUUCCGGAGGACCCUGCUGCACUGCAUUGGUACCAGCGGCAUCCGAUGACACUCUUCAAUUUACUCCAACCCGUGGACCACUGCCUCAUCUUUCCGGUUGAAGACGGGCUCGAGUCAAAUACAGUAGAUCCGACAAGCGUUCCAGAGGAGAAGCAACAGGAGCUGUGGAAUACACUGCUCGAAAGCGUCGAGAGUAAUGAUGCAAUCGGGGUUCGCGUGUGCCUGAGAGAUGGAGCGCCUUUACGUAGAGAACAUGGAACCCACGAGAUAUUGCUCCACAAAGCUGCACGACAUGGAAGACAAGAACUCUUACAGCUUCUUUGCGAUCCCACGGAACCGAGAAACCUCACCUCUGACGUGGCCAGCCGGAACGCGAGCGGCGAGACGCCCCUGCAAUGCGCCGUUUCCUCCCAAAAUACUGUCGCAAUACGCUUUUUCCUCGAGCAAUAUAAGUCGCGUGAGAGACUGCAUGGCGCACGUAACCGGAAUCUUAUUAGCAGCAGGCUGCGCGCUUUUGAGGAAGCAAUACUCUCGAACAGCCCGGAGAUUGUAAGACCCUUUGUCGACUAUGACCUCUGGCCGCAAUGGAAGAAUGUUGAGUUUUCAGAUUACGAGCCUCCACAUAUUAUCAUCGAAUUCCCAUCCAUCGUGGCUUUUGCCUAUUCGAAAGAGCGCUGGGCUGUGGCGCGACUGCUGAUCGAGAAGGGUGGGGACAUGCGACGGACGGAUGAACGUGUCAUCAAGCCAAAAGACUUAGUGCAUCUUGCGGCGCUGACUCGGGACACGACUGUCCUUGAACACUGGCUGCCUGGGCGCGAAGAUCUACACGACUGGGUAGGGAAAGCUGCGGAAAUGUACCCCUCCUUGAACUUUCGCGAAGAGAUCUUGGCUGCCAUUCUUCGUUGCUUCCCGGAGUCUGCCGUCAUCCUUUGGUACCAUGCCAAAGAGCUUGGAGACGCAGAAGUUGUCCGUCACCUGGCUACUGCAAUCCGGCACCACCUAAAGUGUAAGACGUUCUGUCUUGUGGCUACCAAGGCGGAAACCGAUGUCCACAGGCAUGGAAAUCCGCAUCCGAGUCCCUAUUUUCCAGUAACAUCGCCACAAGCCGAUAUACUGCGAGAGCUGCAGAAGAAGGGAAGUGCGUUGUUCCCGCCUCCAAAGCCUAGGAAUCGGCGCUCGCAGUCGCGCAAUCCCGUUCGAGUGGACAACUUGGUGCGUGCUCUAAUGGUGAAGUGUCCUACAGGCCUAAUACCAAUCACCUAUGAGUUGUACCGCUUUGGAACCACUGUACUCCAUGUCGCGGCUGGUCACGGAGACUUAGAAACAACCAAAAUGCUACUCGAAGCAGGGUUUCCUUUUCGCGGAGCGGAUCUCGCUGGGCUCACACCCCUCGCCUACGCACAGAAGCAAGAGCAUCUUACUCUCGAAGACGUACCAUAUCUCAAGCAGAGGACGCACCACCAAGGGCGUAAGGACUACGCGGCGGUGGAAAAGUUGCUUGCAAAUGCAAAAGAGCCGAAUGAGGACUGGCGUCAGUGGCUUGAGCGCAAGUCCAAACAAGUGGACCAGAGGGCCCUACUCCAAGCAUUACGCUGGGCAGAAAUGGAGCCUAUGCCUACGCCGCGGUGUCUUGCGCUUCUCUCUGGGUCCGAUGCUCCAUACGUGGAGACGGAGAUUAGGCCUCCACCGGCCAAGAGGCACGGUAGCGCUGUGCUGGCGGCUAUUGAGCAUCACUAGGAGCGGAAGAAUCUUUUCCAAAUCGUUUAGGUCAAAAGCAUAGGUCCAUAGUACCUCACUCCUACAAAGGUAACUUUGAGCCAAUCCUGGCUUUUUAAUGAGAGAUUUGAGCACUAAACAUGUCCACAUCGGCUGCCCAAGUUCGUACAUGAGACCUCGCGUUGACGAAGCUAGGCAGGGAUGCGCU